AUGUCUGACCUAACCACUGAUGAUUUUCUGUUGGCUUUUCAAAGGUUCGUGAGUCGUCGCGGGAUACCGGAAAAAGUGUGGUGCGACAACGUCGCCAACGUCGGCGCCGACCGACACAUGAGGGAGUUCAGAGCACAUCUAGAGGACGGUAUACAAACAUACGCAGCAAGAAAAGGAUGCGAGUUUGCGUUCAUACCGCCUAGAGCACCGCACUGCGGCGGACUUUGGGAGGCAGGUGUGAAGUCUGCAAAGCACCUGUCCCUUCGCACGGUCGGCCAAGGCCUCUUGACCGCGGAGGAUCUCGGAACUCUCCUCACCAGCGUGGAGGCCGUGCUGAACUCCAGACCCCUAGGAACCCUCAGCAACGACCGAAACGACAGCGAAGCCCAGACCCCCGGACAUCUGCUCAUCGGUGGCCGCCUGUUGACCCCACCGUCGGAAGCACUCCCGGUCUAA